AUGUUUAUCACGGUGAUGUCUGGAGCUGGCUGCUGGGAGCUGGUGAACCCCUGGUGCAGCCUGGUGCUCCUCAUCACCCACCUGAGGCAGAGGGGGCAGGUGCCCCCAAAUGUGACCAUAGCCCUCCUGGCUGAGGAUGGGCACCUGGAACCUGCUGAGGGACUAGAGGAGGGGCCUUCCCUGGCGCCCUCCAUGGGCAGCCCCCUGCUGCAGGAGCGUGGGAUCUAUGUCCUAGUGCAGAUCAUCAAGGGUGAGGGCGGGGCCCCCACCUGCUAUGAGUCCCUCCUGGAGAACCUGGAUGAGCGGUGUCCAGAGCUGGCAGAGGAGCUGCGCUGGCUGUCGGGCCUUCCUCCCCCGGGCGAUGGCUGGAGAAGGCGUGCCGGCACUCUGCGUGGCCACCAGGAGCAAGGCCCUCCUUCACGGCCCCGAAGGGUGGGCUUCCUGCUGCCUGGGACCCACUAGCUGGGGCCGAGAGCCAGGUAAGGAGGAGACAUGGAUCCCUGGGGGGAUGCUCAUACCCAGAUAUGGGACCCCUUCCCAGGGGACAGAUGUGUGUGCUGAGAGGUGGAC